CCAGACAGGAGGGAAGUUACAGUUUCUUCCAUGUAACAUUUCAACACUUCUGAACUAAGGAAAAGAACUGUGGUUUCCUUGGAUUGGUUUUAGAGAAACCCUGUAAUUUGCUCCUUGGGUUUCUCCCACUUAAAAAUCAAAACAUAAGUGAUUGAUCUGCAAAUUGCAAAGAUGUCAAUGGUAGCAAGAUUCAGAAAGCAAGUCAGUGAAGAUCCAGAUAUUGACAACUUAUUAUCAACUUUAUCUCCAGAGGAGAUUGAAGAGCUGGAAAAAGAUCUGGAUGCGUCGGAUUCAGAUGGAACAAUUCCUGUGGGACUCCGGCAAAGAGACCUCACUGACAAGCAACCGAGUGGCAAGUACAACCGAGAGGCAAUGCUUAACUAUUGUGAGAAAGAGAGCAAGAAACUUAUUCAGAGGGAGCAGUCACUGGAUGAAGAGAAGGCAAUAGAGAAGAAAAAAGAGACAAAAUCUCUUGAAGAGAAGCAGAAGGAAACUCAAAGUAGAGAUCUGAAAAAACCCAGAGGUUCUGAUUUAGGGAAAGAAGGUAAAAAGGAAGAAACGGUCCAAAAAGUAACUCAAAAAGGGAAGGAUGAACCAGACAGUGUUAAGAAAACUGUGCAAAUCAAAGAGGACAAGACUUCCAAGAAUGAAAAGACACUCUCCAGGGAGAAAGACAGAGCUCCAACAACAGACAAAAAAGCAACAGGUAAAGUGAGGGGAGAAGAGAAGAACCAAGCAAAAGAGGACAAAGGAAAAGAAAAGGAAGCUGAAUUGAAGGGUAGGUUUGAGAAGGACAGAAAGAUUGGAAAUAAAAAAGAAUCUGAAAAAAUAGAGGAAAAAAGUACAACAUUAAAGCAGAACUCAGUUAAAAAGAGAGAAGAUAAAAAAGAACUGGAAAAGAAAGAAGAAAAAAGUUCAGCUUUGAAGCAAGACUCCAAAAUUGUCAACGAGGAGAAAUCCUCAAGGGACAACAAAGGGGCUUCUGAGGGGAAAGCCUCUGUUUCAGGCGCAGAGAAGACAAUGAAGGACACCCCAGACAGUAGCCCUUCAAAACCUGUAGACAAUUCUUCCAACCAGAGCAAGGAAGAUGAAGCCACCAGCAUUUUUGAUGAACCAUUAGAAAAAGUAAAGAACAAUGACCCAGAGAUGGUAGAGGUUAAUGUCAAUAACUCUGACUGCAUCACCACUGAGAUCCUGGCGCGCUUUGCAGAGGCCUUAGAGUUCAAUACUGUGGUCAAAGUCUUUGCAUUGGCCAAUACGCGUGCAGACGACCAUGUUGCUUUUGCCAUUGCCAUCAUGCUGAAGUCAAACAAGACACUGACCAGUAUAAAUCUCGAUUCCAAUCACAUCACAGGCAAAGGAAUUCUGGCCCUCUUCCGUGCGCUCCUCCAGAACAACACUUUGACAGAGCUGCGCUUUCACAAUCAGAGACAUAUUUGUGGAGGGAAGACUGAGAUGGAGAUAGCCAAGCUGCUGAAGGAGAACACCACCCUGCUGAAACUGGGUUACCACUUUGAGCUAGCUGGGCCCCGCAUGACUGUCACCAACCUGCUGAGCAGGAACAUGGACAAACAGAGACAGAAACGCCUGCAGGAGCAGAAGCAGGCUCAAGAAAAGGGGGAGAAGAAAGACUUCCUUGAUGUGCCCAAGCCAGGAGGCUUACCAGCUAGCUCACCUAAAGUGUCUCCGAAACCAUCCCCCAAAACGUCCCCUUGGGCUUCACCUAAAGCUUCCCCUAAAGCUCCCCCUAAGAACACCCUAAAUGUGCCUCCUCCACCCCCGCCUCCACUGGCCCCUCCUCUGAUCAAUGAAAACUUACGUCUGUCCCUUUCCCCAGCUACUCAGAGGAAGAUGGUAGAGAAAGCUCUUCCUUCACAAGAAAAGAACUCCAGAGAUCAGCUUCUGGCUGCUAUUCGCUCCACUAACUUGAAACAACUGAAGAAGGUGGACGUUCCCAAAUUACUCCAAUAAGCAAUGGAACCUAGAUUCCGGGAAGGACGAGACUACCAAGGCUAAAUCACCGUGUUUGUCUCUUGGGUGACUGUUUACAUGAGGAAGACUUGGUGGGAGCCACAGACUACACUGCACUAGCCCCAGAUGAGUUAUGGGAUUGGAUGGAUUGCCAAGGAGGUGGUGGAUCAAGAAGAAGCAAUAUUUAAUUUAGUGAGGAUUUUUUACAUCACGAAACAUUUGGUUCAUGGAGAAAGGGAACUGCAAAAGCUCUGUGUUGUGUACUUGGACUUUUUGUCCCAUUUUCCUUGUGGAAGUCAAGAAAGCAAAACGACAGAUAAUGGUUUAGUCUUUAAGAAGUCUAUAUUUGGGGCAUCCCUGCUUAUCUUGCCAGGCACCAGGUAGCACAAUUGCAAUUACAAUAUAUAUACAAGAGCAAAUGCACACUAGAGCAACAACACCACUGGAAAUUGUUCUGUCCCAUCUUCAUCCCAAGACGACUCCAAAAGAAGCACCACCAUGUUCUUGCCACUUGCUGUGCCUGGGAUAGGAUGAAUUUGGAGGAUGGGGGAGAAUUCACUAAGCCAAAGCCAGUUUUCCAAUGUGUCUGUGAUCUCAAGAAUCCCAUUCUUCUGUUAAUGCAAACACAAGCACUAUACAGUUUUCUUUGCUCCCAGAAGAAGCACGGAAAACAUUGUGCAAAUCUGUAUUUUGUGAGUAAAGGACUUUAUGUGACCCCA